AUGAAGAGCAUCAUUGUCACAAUCCUCAUCUGGACCACAGCAGCACAUGCUGCAACAGACAAGCUUCUCGGAGAGAUCAGUGAGACUGGCUUUCGAAAGUGCCAGAAUGCUUUGAACAUACCAGCUUUGGAAGUGCUACCUGGAGGUGGCUGGGAUAACCUGAGGAACAUAGACAUGGGACGGGUAAUGGAGUUGACGUACACCAACUGUAAGACCACAGAAGAUGGACAGUACAUCAUCCCCGAUGAAGUCUUUACUAUUCCUCAGAAAGAGAGCAACCUGGAGAUGAACUCAGAAAUCCUGGAUUCCUGGGUGAAUUACCGCAGCACCACCUCAGCUUCCAUCAACAUGGGACUCGAUUCUCCUUUCAAAAUCAACGGCAAGUUCUCUAUUGAGUUCCAAAGGAUGAAGACCCUUCAAGUGAGGGAUCAUGCUGUAACUGCAAGAGUUCAGGUGAGAAACCUGGUCUACACAGUGAAAAACAACCCAAAUUCAGAGCUCAGCUUGGGGUUUAAGAGGGAGCUCAUGGAAAUCUGUGACCAUCUAGAGAAAAACCAAACAAAGAUGGCCACCUACCUGGCAGAACUGUUGGUCCUCAACUAUGGCACACAUGUAAUCACUAGUGUGGAUGCUGGGGCUGCACUGGUUCAGGAGGAUCACAUAAAGUCCUCCUUCCUUAAGAACAGUGAGGGAAAUCAGGCCGCUGCGAGUAUAUCUGCUGGAAUUACCUUCAAAAAGAUGGUGAACUUCAAGCCUGAGGCAGACGUUGGCUAUCAGAAUGGGCUGACCAUAGGCUACCUUGCUAACAGAACCAACUCCAGGAUGCAGAGCAUUGGAGGGAUUCCAUACUACCCAGGCAUCACCUUAGAAAUCUGGCAGAAGGGCAUCACUAACCACCUGGUGGCAGUAGACCGUGCUGGCUUGCCUCUGCAUUUCUUCAUCAAGCCUGACAAGCUGCCUGGUUUUCCACAACACUUGGUGGAGAAGCUAUCUAAGACAGUGGAAACUGCUGCGAAAAACUACUACGCCUUUAACACAUACCCAGGCUGCACAAAUGUUGAUUCCCCCAACUUCAAUUUUCAAGCCAAUACAGAUGAUGGCUCUUGUGAUGGUAAGGUAGCCAAUUCCCCCUUUGGAGGCGUUUAUCAGGUGUGUUCUCAACUCACAUGGUAUGGUGAACUCUGCCCAAAAUUGGAGCAGAAGAAUCCACUCACUGGUGAUUUCUCCUGUCCCUCUGGCUACACCCCUGUCCAUUUGCUGACUCAGAUCUACGAGGAGGUUUUCAAGCACAGGGUAUGUAAAAAGAAGUGCACCCUCAAGAUCUUCUGCAAGACAGUAUGUGAAGAUGUCUUCCCACUGACCAGGGCUGAAUUCAAGGCUUAUUGGUGUGCAGCCACUGGCCAAGUACCUAAAAACUCAGGACUUCUCUUUGGGGGAGUCUUCACUGACAAGAGCAUCAACCCCAUGACAAAUGAACAAUCAUGCCCAACCAGCUACCUUUCACUGAGCUUGUUGGAGAACCUCAAGGUAUGUGUUUCUAUGGAUCAUGAGUUGGGGCACAAGUUUUCAAUCCCCUUUGGUGGGUUUUUCAGCUGUACAACGGGGAACCCCUUGGUUGAUUCUUCGACAUCCAAAGACUUAGGGGAAGAAUCAUUUCCGCAAAAGUGUCCUGGGGGCUUCAGCCAACAGCUAGGUAUUAUCAGAGAUGGAUGCCAAGUGUCCUACUGUGUCAAGGCUGGGGUCUUUGCAAAGGCAUCCCUGGCCCCUGUUAGGCUACCACCUUACACUCAACUACCCGUUAUGAGUCAGUCUGAUGCCAGCUCCAUUGGAGAGGCAAGGAGUGAGAGUGCCACAUCCUGGAUUAAGGACUCCUCCACCCAGGAGUGGAGGCUGGAGGAGCCAUCAAAAGGCAUAUCAGCAGGAGCCAUUGCUGGAAUCACAGUUGGGGCGAUCCUAGCAUUAGGGAUUUUAAUUGCCUUGGCCAUCUAUGGCAACCGGAGGCUUAAGAAGAAUGAACACAAAGGAAUUGCAAGAGCUAGAGCCACCCCUGAUGGAGUGUAAGGAUCCACAUCCAGCUUAAUUCUUUCCUAAGAAACCGUUUCUCCCAUGUUCAAGCAUGGGUUCAAGCAACUCUUUCACUCCUUUCUCCUCCAUGUCUGGCCUCCUAAGAAGUACAGCGACAGCUGCAACCAAAGGAAAGUUUUAUAACUUUGUGACUGUGUCCAUGUCUCUGCAUUGGGAAUUAAAGAAUCUAUGCCAACAAGGUAGAGGAAGGAAGACUUGUAACUAAUUCAGCAAAAACCAGCCCUGGUUCUCAGUGGUAAUGGGAGGUGCUCAUUCCCAAACAAGCCACAGGUUGCCUUCAUCUGAAUCUCUGUGUGAAAAGAGAUGGGCUGGGAGCAACAAGAUAUUUGGGAUGAAACUGCAUUUGGUCUGAAGUUGGCAGAAGUUUCUGACUUAUGUGCUAGAAGACUUUGCCUUCCCUGUAUCUUGUUCUGGGUUUUAUGCUCCUAGAAGCAGUCCGAACUCUGAAAAGACACAGACAGUUCCAGUGCUGUGGAGCCUCCUGAACUCUGAAUUGAUGACCGUGUCAAGCCCCUGUGCACCUGGAAGGAUUUCGGGCUCAUAGCAAGUCCACCUUCUAUGUCUGCCCCACAGUUAGGAUUUAUUUUGCCCAGACCACUUUCAGACUUCUGAGUAGUGUCAACAAGUCUUCAGAAAAUAUUUUAACUUACAAACUUCUCACAGGAGGUAAAAGCAAAAGGGUGGUGGGA